CGCGCCUUGUCCCAUAUUCAUCUCGCACCCAGUACCAAUAUGUUCACCGCGCUCUCCGCCUGUUUGGUCCUUAUUGUGACCAGCGUCCAUGGAUUCUGUGGCGAUCAAAUACGCUGGGCGCACCACUUCAACAUUGAAGAUGUGUAUGGUAUGUGGUACGGAGUGGGGUACGCCCAGCACAGUCCAGACAUGACGAAUAAGCCUAACGAAAUUGGCUGCGUCACUCUUCACAUCUCCGACGUCACCACCGAACCUCUAGAUGAUUGGCUUGAUUGGUCUAUACUAAAACACAAUUAUUCUGAUGAAAAAUGGCGUUCUUAUAAGAGCAAUCCGUGGUCGAGUGACGCCAUGUCAGGGUCCUGGUUGGAUAUUCGAGUGAAGAGGGACAUUUACAAGGAGAGGCGUCUGCGAGUUGUGUGGGACGAAGACGGCCAAUCCGUCGAGCAGGUAUACCUGUACAGCACGGACGCACCAGGACUGUGGACAGCAGACCAACUGCGGCCUCUGGAGAGAGAGAUGAUGUCGAGAGGAAUAGAAAUGUGGAAUCCAGACGAGCCGCCCAGACACCCACAGGUAAUAAGAAUACUAAAAGUGACGCCUCAUCUUAUGAUCAUCAACCACUGUUCUGACGUCAGCGGGGGCGUGUUCUCCCUGAUCCUUCGAAGGUCACCUUCCAGGGUAGAUCGAUGGCAGUGGUUCGAGUAUAAGAGACAGUUCUACAACUUCGAGCUACCCAAUGUCGACAACGCACUUGUAACUCCUGUGGUGUUGCAAGUAUGCAUGGGCGGCACCGAUGGCUUGUAA